GGCCUGAUGCAGCCAGACAUGGACGGAUCUUCGCGCCCUCAUCCAGCCCGCGGCCCGCAGUCGUCUGUGCCUUGCGGAAGGAGCACUCUUCUUCCUUAGCAGCAGCCAGCGCCCAGCAGGCAAUACCGUCACUCGGUCGGCUCCUUGCCGAUUCCCCCACCCCCGCAAGCCGCGGCGAUGGCCUACGAUCUCCCGUUCACUCUCUUCGUACUCCUCUUCCUCGUCCUCCUACAGACGCCGAGCUCCUCAUGGCGACCGGCUGACGACGACGACGCGUCGGUCUCGAGGUCGGCUUUCCCCAUGGAGGGUGACGUCGCCUGGGUGGUGCAGGUCAGCGACCUCCAUAUCAGCACCUACAACCCUGAGCGUGCCGCCGAACUCGCGCUCCUCGGCACCGCGCUGCGCGCAAUCCGGCCUCACCUUCUCCUCGUCACCGGUGACAUCACCGAUGCUAAGAAUCAGCAAAGAACUAGUUCAAGGCAGGAUGAAUACGAAUGGAUUACCUACAAGAAAACUAUUGAUGCAAUUGUUGGAAGCGGUGGCAUUGAUAAGAGCAGGAUAUUUGAUAUUAGAGGCAAUCAUGAUACAUAUGGAGUGCCUUAUAGAGGAGGAAAAUUGGACUUCUUCUCAACUUACAGCGUUAACUCACAGUUUAAGCGAUUAAGCACCAUCAGUAGUAUAUUGCUUCAGGGAGAUAGAAGCUACCAAUUUCUGGGUAUUGAUGAUACCAUGAAUGUUGGCAUUCGUUUUCCUGCAAAUCUUUUUGGCCAUUCUACUGAUAAAAGGAUAGAAGCGGUAAAUUCAGAGCUUCAAUACUGGACCAAUCAUUCCAAUGUUCCAGUUACCAAAGUAGUUUUUGGACAUUUCCCUAUGUCAUUCACUGCAUCAUCUGAAAAAGGACAGCGAUAUGAAAGUGUGCUUGCAGGGCAGUCUAUUUCAGCAUACCUAUGUGGUCAUCUCCAUGCAAAAGUUAGUAAGCAGCUUUGGAGGUAUCAUGAAAUCAGAACAACAGAAGAUCACAAGUCAAGCUUUUGGGAAUGGGAACUUGGAGACUGGAAGGACUCCAGAUUGAUGAGGAUUUUAGCAAUAGAUGGUGGUGCAGUCUCAUUCAUAGACCACACAUUGAAACAUGCACUCCAAACUUCCAUCUUGAUCACAUAUCCAACAGAUUCAAGAAGUAUGAAUAUGUUGGAUUCAGAAAAGUGGUCGAUGAGAAAUGAUAUAAAUGUCCUUAUUUUCUCUCAUCAAUUUAUAAGUAAUGUGAGUGCUAGAAUCUUUGACUCUCAUUGUGAGUUUAAGAUUGUCGAGGAGAUACCUCUGCAGCUUGUUACCAGUACUUCUGCUCACAGACCUUUGUUCCAUGCCAAAUGGAAUGCUGAAAAUUACAGAAGUUCAUCCGCCACUCGCUACUGGUUGCAGGUGUUUGUUCUUGAUUCUCAUGGUGUAAAAAUUUCAAGUGAGCAGAGACCAUUUUCAGUUGAGGGUAAGAUGGCAAUUCCCACAAGUCCAUGGACCAACUAUCUGCUCUUUGAAGUCCAGUGGGAAGGCAUGUAUCAAGUUCUUCUGUGGAGUAAUUUGGCCUUCACCAUUGUAUUGUUGUUCAUCCCCAAACUAUUGUAUCACUUUGUUAGGAGAAGUUCAUCAUAUCAAAGGUGGGCUGUGUCAAUUCCGUCCUCCUCUAUCCAGCAGAGAAAACCUUACUUUUGGUUGGUUUGGUUUUUAAUGGAGGGCACAAGGAGUAAACCUUUCUGGUUUUCUAUGGUAACAUAUGUGCUCUGGCUAAUUGAAAUGCCAUGGUUUUGGGGCCAUGCAACGUCUGAAAAUGGAGAAAUCGCUCAAAUGUACUUAUCUGGAUGGAGCGUGCCAAUUCAUGAUGGGGGCUUGACGGGCAACAAACUGAGCAACCCAGAUGUGCUUGUCAUCACACUACCGUUCCUCUAUCUGGUGCUUGUCCCAGUAAUAGUCCUUACAUAUGGUCUGUUUGCAGAAAAGGCUACUGUGUUUUUGCAGCACAGAAGAAGAGUAGUAUACUCUCUUGACUCAACAAAUGUGCAUGCCGAGUCACCAAGAUUGCUGCCAGUUGCUCCAAGGGCUUCACUAAUGAAAUUCGCCGACAAGAUGGUGUCCAUGGUGAUCCAAUUUUGUGGUAGCUGGACAAGAAGGGCUCUUCUACUUGCAUGCUUGAUCACCGCAGCAAUACAUUUGAAGCUCUGUUCCAAACUAAUGUCAGCAUAUGGAACUGUACCAGUAGCAUUGUCACCCCCAUUGACAUGGAUACCAUUGUUGCUAUUAGGUGGUGCUGCCUAUUGUACAGUUCUCCAUGCAGAUUAGCGCUCAGUACUCUGCAAUCCUGAAGUGUAGUACUUAUUUGCAUUGGAGGAUUAGGGCUCAUAACUGUGAAUUCCUGAAGUGAACGUAGUUGCGUUUCGGGUGCGUGCUGCUGCUGUGCAUUAAAUCCUGGAACUGUGGAACAUGUCACCUUUCGAUGGUUAACUGCAUGGGUGCUGGCUAACCAAAGAUAAAGUAGAAACAGUUUAAUGGUUGAGACUUGAGAGUGCAAACUGCAGAGUAGAACAUCUGGAUGGAUGGACCAAAACUGGUAGCGGUGGCUCGUCGUUGUGUCUAACCCUCGCCGCAGCAAGAGGAGAUGGAACAGUGGCUUGGACAGAGAGGUUGUUGAUCGGAUGGCUGUGAGGGGAGUGAUGGGGGUAGGGACGUAGGGUGAGAGGGAAACCAUGGCGGCUAGGUAUUUUUUGUGCUGAGUAGGCUGUUGUGUUUGUGUACAGGGGAUAUUUUCCCAAGUGGACCACUCUAUUGGUGUGUGGGCCUCUCGGCCAGAAUUUCGGUCUGCAUGGUUAUUUUCACGAGUGGGUCAUUUUGUUGGUGGAGCGUAUUUUGGUUAGAAAUUCUAACGGCUUCGGGCUAGUUUGGUAAUCUUAUUCUUCAAAGAGAUUUCCUUUUUUUAGGGAAAUUAGUUUAUUUUUCCUUAGAAAAAUAAGAAUCUUUUGAAAAAAAUAAAGUUGACAAACUAGCCUUAAGGGGUCAGAUGUGUGGUUGACCACAACUAGUUUGAAAACGCAAUUCCACUUAGAAUUGGACCAAUCUAAAGCGAAUUUGAGUUUCUAAACUAGCCUAAGAAUUCUGAAGGACAAACCAAUCUUUAAGUGUAAAUGUGGAACCAACAACUAAAACUUGAACCCUUGUGCAUAAUUUUAUCUUAUUUUUUCAUAAAACGGGAAGGAAAAUGAUGACGCGCGAAGAGAAUGAAACCGUGGAACUGUUAAAACCGGUGCUUUAUAUAUUAGAAAUUUGGACGUCUAUGUAUCUUCUCAUGUGUGUUGAACUGAUUUGGUGUGGAAUUUAGAUUCACAUCAAACCACUCCAUCACAUAUAAAUGGAGAGAGAUGUAUAGACAUCUAAGAUCUAGUUUGAGUACUUUAGUAUUGACUCUAAUCUAUAUUUGUUGAGGUGGAUUGGGAUAUAAGUUACAUCCUAAUCCACCUUAACACAUGUAGAUCCUAAGUAACCAAACAAAGUCUAAAUAAGUUAGAAGUUUUUUUUUACCACAGGGAUUUCUUCGUGAGACCGCCUUUCCUUUCAUUAUAAACCUGGAUAUUGAGAAAGCACAAACUGCACAUACCAACCGUUCAAGCUACAUCCUCACCAAAAAAAAAA